CAUGAGUCUUCACUGACGUGGGAAAGGGAAGCUGUGACGAAAAGCAGCUAGUUGGCUUUGAUUAAUUUUUUAUAUUAUCAAAUGAUUAUCUUGCGUUGUUUGCUGGCAAAACACCACGGGAAGUCGGGAACUUUUUGUCGUCACCCAAACGUCGAGUCGUUGCAAGACUACAAAAAGAAGGAUGUUAAACCUACCAACCGUACUUUAAGAUCGACAAGAGAAACAAUCUGAUGAAAGUUAAUUGCAGCGUUACUUUCCGUCAUGGAAGAAAAGGCAAAUGGCUCUGUUGACACCAAAAGCCCAGUGGAGAACGGCCAGCUUCCAGAUCCAGCCAACUGGGCCGUUGCUGAUGUCGUCAAUUACUUUAAAGCAACAGGGUUUGAGGAGCAAGCCACAGCAUUCCAAGAUCAGGAAAUCGAUGGCAAGGCACUGCUCCUGAUGACACGUAAUGACGUGUUGACGGGCCUGUCCAUAAAGCUGGGCCCAGCUCUGAAGAUCUACGAGUAUCACGUGAAGCCACUGCAAACACAACACCUAAAGAGCAACGCCUGUUAGCACGUCACCAGGAGCUCGCUACUCCACCGCUUCAGUGACAAUCGUCAACUCCCAACCAGCUGUCCGUUGGCAGAGACUGCUCUGGCCGCAUGGCACCUUAUAACAGGAUCAAUUUCAAUAUGUUUUUAGAAACAUAGGUGGCACCUAUGGGGUCUCAUGAGCUGUUUACCUUUUUAGCUGUUCUUAUGUCUGCUGCUUCAGAUUUGUAUUUUAUAUUUUAUUCUUCGUGUUUUAUUUAAGACAAGAAUCCUUGUUAAUGACGGUGUAAAAGAAGUGUGAUUUGUUUGUGUGAAUUGUGCUAUAUGUGUACGUGUGUAUGUCAUGAACCAGUGAUGGUUUUAAAAACGGUAUUUGUACAUAAGAUGAUAUAUGAUUUAAAACACCGGAACACUUUGACACGGCAGAAAGUACAGAUGUGGUACUGUAAAAUUUGCCUGGAAAAAAAAGAUGUAUAUGCUCUAUACUGCGCAACUGAGUCCAUGCAUUACCAUUCUGCUGCAAAUAUGAAGUAUUAUACUUUUCCCAGAUAAAACAAGCCUUGCUUGUUUUUUGGGGAAAUAGAAAUAUGUGUAUAAUGAUGAUAAUCCUACUACCUGUGGUGCUUCAACUUGGUCGAAAAGACAACUAAUCAGGUGUGUGUGUGCGUGUGUGUGUUUAACCAUGUGCAACACUGGAAUUUGAAUAUUUCACUCAAAGACUUGCAAUAAAGGGUGCUCUUUUCUCACCAAAGAACAA